AGACCACUCCUUCAGGACGCAGGUUCAGAGGAAGCGUUCAAUCUUCUCCAAGACGGGCACCAAACUUGCGUCGCCAACCAUUUAGAGUGCCGAAGGCUAUUCUCCCCGCUAGACAUGCCGGCCUCGGACGAGGUGCCGAGGCUUCCUGGCCGGGUUCUUGAUGUCGGGCCUCCGGACGGAUCUGCCGAGCCGCGGCUGUACAUAUCUGAUCCAUCCUCCUCGGCCGCGUACGCCGCACUGAGCCACUGCUGGGGGAAGACGCAAAUUCUCACCACCAGGAGGGGCAAUAUUGACCAUCACCGCGAGCAUGUCCCAUUUUCCGCCCUCUCGCGAACGUUUCAGGACGCUGUAAUCAUCACGCGGAGACUGGGCCUCCGCUACCUGUGGAUCGACAGUCUCUGCAUCGUCUAG